AUGACGGAUCUGAACGCACAACAGGCUGAGAAUCACUACUUUGACAACGAGCCCCCGCCAAAGGACCUCAAGGCAAACAUAACCCUUGCGAGAGAAUUCAUCACACGCCAUAACGAUGACCACCGCCGCGUGGUGCUGGUCACUUCCGGCGGCACCACGGUGCCACUAGAACAACAAACUGUGCGCUACAUCGACAACUUUUCUGCUGGUACACGCGGAGCUACUAGUGCCGAGUAUUUCCUCCAAAAUGGAUAUGCUGUCAUCUUCUUGCACAGGCAGUUCUCGCUCUUGCCCUACUCAAGACACUAUUCACAUAACACGCGUUCUUUUCUGGACUACAUGAAGGAAGAGAACGGCCAGGUCGUGGUGGACGAACAACAUCAAGAUCAGAUGCUGCGCGUCUUGCGCCAGUAUACCGAGGUCAAACGCGGAAACAAGUUGUUGAUCCUGUCCUACGUAACAAUCACCGAGUACCUGUGGAAUUUGCGCGAGGUUGCGCAACUCAUGCGUCCACUCGGUCCAAAAGCCAUGUUCUAUCUGGCUGCUGCUGUGUCCGAUUUCUUUGUACCCCAGGACCGCAUGGUCGAGCACAAGAUACAAUCGAAUGAAGAGUUCCAUCAAGGCGCAGACGGCGUGACUGAAAGCAAAGCAAAACCUCCAGCGGCACGCACUCAAGGCAAAAGUCUCAUCAUUGAUCUCGAGCCGGUUCCCAAGUUUCUAAAACAACUCGUGGACGGCUGGGCACCGGAAGCAAUGAUUGUAAGCUUCAAGCUGGAGACUGAUCCUUCGCUGCUUGUCACAAAAGCCAAGUAUGCGUUGAAUAAAUACUCACACCACCUCGUCAUUGGAAAUUUACUGCUCACUCGUAAAUGGGAAGUCGUGUUUGUAUCGGUCUUUGAAGGCGAGAAAUGGAUAAGAGUACCCACAAGCCGUAGGACAAAAAGUUUGUCAGGCAGACCGUCGCUUGUUGGAUCUGCUGAUCAGCUGGCAAAGAAGGACGACGAGGCGGGUGGGUCAAUUGCCACCGAACGGGGUAUCCCGCAGGGCGAGCCCUCUGUGGAGAUCGAGUCUUUGAUUAUUCCCGAAAUCGAGUCCAUGCAUAGCAAACUCAUAGAACAGGCUCAAACAGGAGCUGCGGCUUCUUAG